AUGCGUUACCGUCGAGGAACAUUGUUUCAAUCGAUACCAAAUAUUGAUCAACAUUUACCUCAAGACAAGCAACAUCAUUUAUCAUGGAUUAUGUCCGAAUUUGUCGCUAUCACAGCAGCGGCGGCAGCUCGAAUAAUAUUUGCUAUUCAUGGCAUUGCAGCUAUUUGGCGAGUAGCAUUAGUAUAUAAACAAAACAAAUAUUGGUUUCAAGCUAUUACUCUUUUUGGUAUCCCAGCUGAAUUUUUUGUGACACUCUAUGUUAAUAAUGGUCAUGAAUGGAAAUGGUUUUGUCCAUCUGUAUUCUUUUAUCUAUGUACAGUUAUACCGAGUGUAUGGUUUCUAGAACUUGAUCUAGCUCAACGAAGAUCACAAUUUAAUGUAACACAAGCACUGGGCUUCGUACCUGUACCACAAGGAAUUACACAUCUUGAUAAUGAAGACACAUUACCACUUGUUCCGUGGAAAAUUCCAGCUGAAAUGUGGACACAGAUUGUUGAACAAACGCUUCUUCUUGUUCUUAUUAUUGGACGUUGGUUAUUACCUGUUGGGAAAACGAUGACACGUGAUCAACUUUCUCAAUUAUUACUCGUUUAUAUUGGUACAGCGGCGGAUAUUAUUGAAUUAUUUGAAGCGUUUAAAGAAAUUGAUGUACAACGAAAUUUAACUAUAAUUCAUCUUAUUUUAGCAGCUUGGUCAAUAAGUUUAAUGCAAUUUACGCUUGUUGUUACGUCAACAAAAUCACGAAAAACCCGUACGGAAGCUUCUAAAGCAAACGAUGAAUGUAUCAGUUGUCGAUUGUUUUGGGAAACUGAGCUAUGGGCUCUUUCAACUACAAUUCUUUUGCAAGACGGUCCAUUUCUUUGUCUUCGUCUUGGCUUGAUAAUUCACUAUAAAAUCAUUUCACAGUCGAAUAUAUUUUUUACAACAAAAAAUUUUCUUGUUGUCCUAUUACAACUAUAUCGAGUUUGUGUUAUUAUAAUGGAACAUCGAAAACGACAUAAAUUAUCAUGUUUAAAUGAAACUAAUUCAAUGCAACAAAAACCGAACCAUUUUUCUGUUACACAACGAAAAUCUAUUUUAGGACAUAAACGACGGUCUGGCUCAAUAUUAACAUCAUCAAGGGGUAGUUUAAAUUCACAUUCAAACUCAAUUGGAAAUUUUCGUCCUAUGAGUACCAAUGAUGAUCCUAUUAGUUUAGAUGGACGUUCAGGUCCAUUACCAAGGUAUCAUCGUUUACCUAAAUCGACUCUAAAUCCAUCAUCACUUCCAAAAGCAAGAUCAACACGACCGCAUUCCAGAUCAUUGACAACUGUAGAACACCCACAUAUUAGUAUGCCUAGUCAUAACAUAUGUACAGAAGUAAACAACCAAAAUUCCUACAAAAUUAACUGUGUUCUUAUUGAUUAUGCAGCAGUUCCAGCUAUAUUUUUACUUAUAAUUAUCUUAACAAUGCUCGUCUUUAUUUUAUAUCGUCAACCAUCAGAUUAUAAUAGUUAUAUAAUUGAAAAUGAACAUGAACAUGGAAAUGGUGACAAUAACAAAUCUGGUUGUAAAUUUGAAAUAUUGUCGCGAACACCAAAUAAUUACGCAUAG